AUGAAAGGUGUUAUUGCAAUGAUGAAUACUCAGAUAAUCUGCAUUCUAGAAUUGAUUGCCACUGGGUUAUUCAUAAUCUUCACUAACAAUGCACAGGAUGUCAUAACUGCACACAGGACAUCAAAUGGCAGACGGAAUUAUGCUACAUCCCUAGUUGUGAUGGCAGUCACAUCGGCUGCAGCCGAGACUAUGUGGUUCAUUACUCCUACUACUACUACUACUACUACUACUACUACUACUACUACUACUACUACUACUACUACGACUACUACUACUACUACUACUACUACGACUACUACUACUACUACUACUACUACUACUACUACUACUACUACUACUACUACGACUACUACUACUACUACUACUACUACGACUACUACUACUACUACUACUACUACUACGACUACUACUACUGUUAUCAUCAGCAUUUACUGA